AUGCCUGUUCCCAUUUCGCACCAGAUCAGCAUCCCAUAUCGUCCUCCUUCGAGGACUACCGCAGUAGGUUUACGGACCUCUGAGUACUAUCGGUACCCUAUCUCUUUUACCCCUACUGGUCCUUCGGUUCUGGCAAAUCUCAUGGCUCUCGCGCACCAAACCAACUCCAUUGCUCCCGGUCCUUCGCCCCAGUCAAUCGGUAAUCGUGCCAAACAGGGCACGGCAGCUGGACAAAAUCUCGCACCGCGCAAACGACCCGCCACGACCCCGCUCCAGGACGCCUACAACCCCAUGUCCGAUCCCGCCGUCGUGGUCGUUGCUGCGCGCUCACAGGUUCCCCGCAAAAGGAUUUGCACUACGCAAACGGUCACCGAGCCAAUGCACAGGGCUACAGCUGCGAAGAGACGCACCCUACCGGACACAACCGCGGUCUCGGACAUCUCAUUGUGGAUGUCCGACUUCAUCUUCCAACGCCUGGUCGGUAUUUCGUGCAGGGACGCGUCUUACGAAUGGAAUCGUGACUUCUUCGAGGUUACUAACGGCGCCGCAAAGACCAUUGCCUCCUCCUCAUGGCGUCGCGACCUCUCGUCGGCCACCCUGUUCCUGGCGAUGUGGUACAUCGAACGGCUUUUCCCCGAGCCCAUCCUCAGCUUACUUGGCGUCGACGUCUACGGGAUGCGCCUCAUCAUCGAACGGGUGUACAUUCUAGGUGCGAUGUUGGCGAAUAAAUGGCUUGACGAGCCGUGUUGGAAGACACUGCACUGGUUGUACGAUUCCGACAUGAACAGUGAGACACUCAAGCGCGUCGACAUCCUGGGGUUCCGCGCUCUCGGCCAUAACCUGUCGAUCUCCAACGAGCAAUGGCGCGACUGGCUCACGGCUCUCGUCACCCAUCCCUCCGUCGACUCGGCGCGCUCCUUGGCCGCGAGCCUGACGAUUCGCGCCCAGAUCCGCAACGUUCUCUCGGAUCUGGUCGCACAUCACCCCGCAGGAUUCUCGCUAGCCAAACCGACCUCACCCUUGCCUCUGGGACCAUUGGAAGACCUUCAUGGAGUGCUUCGUUCCGGCCUUCGCCUCGCCUCUCCCCCUCGACCACACUUUGCACCCGAAUGGUCUCCAGGCGACGACCCUAUUGUUCUUCCAGUGACCAAGACCCGCCGGAACGAUUAUGGGGCGAUCGGCAGGCCUGUCCUUGCGAGUACGCGAAACGACUCCGCCUCUCCAGCUAGUGACGAGGGCGGCUAUUGGUUUCCUCCUCCAGGGCUACCACAUCCUGCGAGAAACCAUUACGAUGCUCACUACCCCUAUAUCUCGCGGGGCACCGGCUAA